AUGAAAACCAACUUUGAGAGAGACCUUGAAUUCGUGCAGAUGCUCUGCAAUCCAGAGUACCUGAGAUGGCUCUACAACGGAGACUGGUUCAGAAAGGAGGAAUUCAGGCUGUAUCUCAGGAGACUGCGAUACUUUGGUAGUCCGAAAUUCAGGGUGUUUCUGCACUAUCCACAGUGCAUGGCCGUCCUAGAGCGAAUCAUCGAAGACGAGUCAACCCUGGAAAAGGAGUCCUUUUACGAGCAGCUUGAGAAGCAGCAAUUUUUUAUCUGGAAGAAUUCAUAA